UCACUGAUAGGUAUCGCAAUCGAAAGUUCAAUCUAAACAUUCUAAAUUAAAAAUGAAUGUCUAUAAAUUUUCAAUUAGAAUUAUAAUCUUAUAAAACGCCGAAAUUGAGUAUAAGUGUAACAAAAACAAAUAAAAUCGAUUACGAGUGUGCUUGUUACAUCACAGUGGUGCAAGGUCAGCCUACGAUAAAUAUGAGUGUUUUCAAAAUUAAACAAAAAAACGUGUAUCAACGUUUGGUGAACAGCCAAAUUAACUACCGACCUUCAAUGUUAAAUAAUAAGUUACCAAUAAUGAUGAAAAGAAAAGUAUUGAUAAUUCCACUUGGAUUAGUUUUGAUGACAAUUCUAAAAGGAGCGAAAAGUGAUACACUUGUGAUUGAUACGGAUGCUGGUGCUGAUGAUGCAAUGGCAAUUUUACUUCUACUAUCAGCGUGUGCAAACAACAACACAAAUUUCGAUAUUGUGGCAAUUACUUGCACCUAUGGUAACACCAAUUUGAAAAAUGUCGAAAAAAAUGUGCUUAAGACAUUGACAAUCGCAAAUGAAUCAAAGAUUCCAGUUUACAGUGGUGCUUUUAAACCUCUCACUCGUAAUCAUACAUCUGAUAAUUUCUUUGGCAAUGAUGGAUUUGGUGAUUUUGAAUUCAAUCAAAAAAUUAUUGGUAAUAUUGACAGAUCAAAGCAUGCAGCAAUUGCAUUAAUUGAUUUAGCUUAUAAAUAUCCUGGUGAAUUGAGUAUACUUGUACUUGGGCCAACAACAAAUAUCGCGCUUGCCAUAUCACUUGAUCCAAAAUUUGUUCAUAAAGUCAAGCGAUUUUAUGUCAUGGGUGGUAGUGUUACUGGAAAUGGGAAUAUAAGUCCAGGUGUUGAAUUCAAUUUUGGCUCGGAUGCAGAAAGUAAUUUUAUACUUUUUAAUUCAACUCGAGGAGAAGUUAGUUUAUUACUACCCUGGGAGACAAAUUUAUCAAUUAAUAUAUCAUCGUCAUGGAGAAAAAAUGUAUUAGGUGGUAUCAAUUCGAAAUUUCUGAAAUUUUUAAAUAAAGCAGAAUCAAAAAUUACAGAAUUACCAACUUGGCAACCUUGCGAUUCUUUAAUAGCAGCAGCAAUUUUGUGUCCAAAAUUGAUUAAAAAGUCGUUUGUUACAAAUAUAACACCAAUUAUAGAAGGCGAAGCACGUGGUGGAAUACUAAUUGAUUAUUCAGAAAACUCUCACAAGCCAAAAAAUGUUGAAAUUAUUCAAGAAGUUGAUGUUGAAAAAUUCCAAAAAAUUCUUCUAUCAUAUUUAUCAUAAAUUUAAAAAAAUGUAUUAGUCUUUUUUAUAAGCCUGCAGUUUUUCUAUCAAA